GUGACUACGAUGACGUUUCCUCUGUCUGCCAUUUCUUUGCCGUCGUAGAGCGAGUCUCCCAGGAUGGCCAGGUCGUUGGACGCCCCCAACAGGAAGGCGCCGCCAAACAGAUACACCAUGACUGGCAGGCACAGGUGUCAUGCGGCUGCAGUAGGCGGGGCUUGUGGUUACUCAACAUGGCGGCGCCCUGCUCAGAUCAACGCGUCUGAAGGGAGGCGUGUGCGUGUGGGUGUUCACAAUGUCCAAGGAGCAGAGUAUCGGUGAGCUCUUGCUCUCAUUGGACAGUUCAGACCUGCAGGAGGCGGAGCAAGUCAGAGUAGCAAUCAGCCAUCAGUUGAAUUCAGACAGAGGAGGCGCUGUCCUCUGCAGCCUGGUGGACUUCUACUUGAACUCUUCGUCUUGUCAAGCCCUGCAGCUGCUGUCCUCCAUCAGAGAACAUCUUCAUAAGCCACUGCUGGACAAACUCAAUGAAGUCCUUUCCAGGCCAGCCAGCCGAUUGGCUGCUGUCACCCUGCUGGGUCACAUGAUCAGCCAACAACCGCCCUGGAUUCAUCACGUCAGCCGCUCGCCGCUGCUGACGUCAUUGCUGCGAUGCCUCAAGAGUGACAGUGACGUGCUGGUUCUCAUCCCUGGAGUCCUGGUUCUCAUCACAUUGCUCCCCAUGAUCCCGCACACUGCCAAACAACACAUCUACGACUUCUUUGACGUGUUUGGACGCUUGGCUUCCUGGAGCCUGAAGAACCCCAGCCGCGCCCAUGUCGGGCAUCUUGUCCACCUGCACGCCAGCGUCUACUCGCUCUUCCACCGACUCUAUGGAAUGUUCCCCUGCAACUUCAUCUCCUACCUGAGACUCCACUACAGCAUGAAGGAGAACCUGGACACUUUCCAUGAGGUGGUCAAGCCCAUGUUGGAGCACGUCAGAGUUCAUCCCGAGUUGGUAAGCGGCACUCAAGACCUGGAAGUGGAUCCGUCCAGGUGGAGGCGCUAUGAGGUCCAUGACAUCCUCAUCGAGUGUUCCCGUGUGUCUCUUGACCCUCUAGAGUCGUCUUGUGAUGGCGGCAUCUCCUCCUUGCCCCUCCCUCACCGGGAUGUCCCCCACAGCCGCAGUGGAAGUCUACUCAACUUCUCCUCUCCAGGGCCACCAGACCACUUGGACGUACUGGCUGAUGAUGUCACCUGGAGCCCCUCCUCUGUGUGUGGGUUGUCCACCCCUCCUCCUGAAAUGGUCACUGUAAGCCCCGCCUACCCCUUGAGUAGAACCAGCUCAAUGUCAGGAGCCACAGGAGGCACCUCUGUCACCCGCCCACAGGUCAAGCAGCAGCCAAUCAGGAAGGGGGAAGAUCCAGACCACGACGAUGUCAUGACUGGUGAAGACAGACCACGCCCACAGCCGCCUUCCUCCUCCCUGCCCGCCCUCCUCACCUCCACACCCGCACGCAGCCACACCCCUCCCCUCCCUGACACCCCUUUUCCACCUUGCUCUGUCUCACUGUGUGUCACCCCGCCUCACCCCUCCAAUGCCACCCACAGCCUGGAGGAGGGAGGCACCGCCCCCUCAUACGACUUCCUGUUUGAGCUGGCUCUUCCCCGAGCCGCCAUGUUGUUUCUGAAGAGGAAGACGCAGGAGGCGCAGGAGAAGACGGCAGCACAGGAGGAGGUGACCUCUCAUUCUCCCCUGGACUUGUUGGACCAGCUCAUCAGCCAUGGCCACCAGACACACGCUAGCAGGUGGUUGGAUGAGAGUCAUUGUGGAGGUAAACAAGUGAGCAUGAAGAGCAAAGGCUCCGCCCAGGGGGAGGAGCUUCAAGCCCUUAGGAGCCAGUUGCUGCUGGUCCACACUCAGCUGCAGUACGAGCGUUUCAAACGUCAGCAGCACGCCAUCCGUAACCGCCGCCUACUCCGCAGGGUCGUCAGUGCUGCCGCGCUGGAGGAGCAAAGUGUUGCCAUGCGAGCGCAGCUGGCCGUCCAGGACGAGGAGAUCCGGUCUCUGAGGUCCAGUCUGGAUGAUGAGCAGCGACAUUCCUCUCAGUUGCGGCUCAACACGCAGGAGGAAGAGCUGCGCACGCACGUGCAGCAUUUGCAGCAGCAACGCAAACAGCAGCAACAACAACACCUGAGAGUGCAUAGCGAGCUGCAGGAGUGUCAGAGCAGACUCAGGGAUUUGGAGGCGGAGCUUCAGAAAUCCAAUCGCAAAGCUUCCAAUGCAGAGCAUCGGCUCAGCCAGCUGUCACUCAAGCUGAGCGGCAGCGAGAAGUUAAACCAUCAGAUGUUCUUUCAGAACCAACAGCUGCUUCUGCUCCGACAAACCAACAGAACCCUGAUUGAGCGACUGGAGGGUCCACAUGAACACAGCUGCACUGAGACGAGGCUGCUGCAAGGCAUUCUGGGUAGAGAGUACCAGAGUCUGAAGGAGGCGGAGCUGCAGCAGAGACAGAAGCUGGAGGCGGUCAAUCACAGAGCAGCAGAGCUGGAGAACCAGCUGGCCAAGAAGGAGCAGCUGAUUGAAGAUCAAAAGAAACUUCUGGAUGACACCAAGAGGCAGAGCAGAGGCGAGCUGUUGGCAUGCGAGGCGAGCUGCGGCGCUCUGAGGAGGAUCGUCCAGACGCUGCAGAGUGAGAUGCUUUGUCUGUACAGUCAGCUGGACGCUCUCAGCAGGCCAGACGAGGGCGCUGCCCUCCCCGCUGCUCCACCUUCCUCAUGUGUGGGGGCUUUGAAUGGUGGCGUGGCACGCCUCUCCACAUCUCCUGUCCUCCUCUCCCCUGUGUCCACCUCUCCCCUCUCUCUGUCCCCCAUCGAAUCACCGCUGGCUGUGGGUUCCUUCCUGGAACAGAGGGCGUGGCAGCUCUUCAGACCACCCAAUCACAGCCAGGAGGAGGAAGAAGAGGCUGAGGAGGAGGAGUUCCAGACAGGAAGUCCUCUCAUGAGUCAGGAGGCAGAGGAGGCCAUCCUCCUGGCAGGAAGUCCCCCGACUCAGACCAGCGUGUUAGCGCCGCCUCCCAGCGAUGCUGCAGACUUGUCGCUGGCGGUCCGCCAGAGACGACAUGAGCUGAGCAUCAUGGACUACGAUGAGAUGGUGCCAGACUUGUGAUUUGCUGAAUGAAAAUAAAUAUUUCUUUUGCUG